GGUGUGGCAUCAAUUAGUCUCUCUUUGAUCAGAGCUCGAGAGGUUGCAGCGGCAUUUAAUGCUGCACCGAGUGCUUCCUCAUGAUCUGUUCCGUAGAUAGCGCCGCGGCAGGGGUUGGAAGUGCGGAGGUUAAGCUUGUUUUGGUCUCUGUCUUCGCUUCCGCAGAGUUAAAGAAUGAGACAUACAGUCAGGAGAAUGAGAAGUGGUUGAUUGUGCAUGUCCUGUGGGAUAAGUGCUGGGCAGAAUAUCUGUCCUGCUGCGCAUCUGGGGUUCUCUAUUUUCUUUAAUCGAACUAUUAAGGAUUGAGGUGUCUGCAGAUUGCGAAGAUUUUGCAAACAAUGAAGUGUAAGAGCCGGGCUUGAUCGACGAAAGUGGCGCAGUAGCUGUGCUUGAUGUUCUGGUUGUCUUUGAUUAGUCAAGGAUCAAUUUCAUUAGGAGGCCGUUGCAGGAGUAGCUGGGGUGGGACACAAUGGUUACUCUUCAAGAGCCUGCACGAGACCACGUGAGAAGGUGAUUAUUACUUACUACUUCUUGGAGCAGCUGAGAGAAGCUGGAAGCAAUGCAGGUAUCUAUGGUGUUCAUGAGAUACCACACCCAAAGCCGAAGCAGGAAGAAAACGCAAGCAUAGAAGCUGGUUUGGGCUAGCCUUGCAUUGGGGCUGCAACCGACCAGCUUGUACAUGUGCUUCAUUGCAAAAUAAUCUGUGAAGGCAGUUUUGAAAAUCUUGUUUAGUUUCUAUCCUGCAAAGGCCAACUCCAGAGCCUAAGCUCACUCUGUAAAGACCCAUCGGUGAAACCAGAGGCUGGCCAUGAGAGUUGUGUGAAGUGGAGGUGGGGACUGUGCAGUGCUAUAGCAGCGUGGUAUUCAACUCACUUGAAUACUUGGCGGUGGAGUUUUGUACAUUAUUGUUGCCAUGGGUAGUUACCGUAGCUUCGUGAUGACCGCUCUGAUCGCGCUGAGCAUAUUUUGGGCUGUUCUAGCCGAAGGCGUUGAGAUCACCAGUCCUGUGAUGUCUGCUCGGCCGAAGAGCUACAUCGUUUCCAUGGUCAGGGAUGCAAAACCUGAUAUCUUUGUCAACAGCCAUGGAUGGUUCUCCUCUGUUCUUCGUACUGCAAAGGUGCAAGCUCUCGGAGGCCUGUCAGUUAACACAUUGUCCGAGCUGGAUGCCUCGCAAGGUCCGCUACAUCUCUACUCGACGGUGUUCCAUGGAUUCUCUGCGACACUUACGGAAGAGCAGGCCCGAGUCAUGGAGAGUAUGCCUGGAGUUAACGGCGUAUUUCCAGAUACGAAGAAGCAGCUCCACACAACUCACACUCCUGAAUUUCUAGGACUGAACGGAUCCAUAGGCUUGUGGCCUUCAAGCAAGUUCGGGGAGGAUGUGAUUGUAGCAGUGCUAGACACGGGGAUUUGGCCUGAGGCUUUCAGCUUCGCGGAUCAUUCAGUUGGGCCUGUGCCUCGAAGGUGGAAAGGGGCUUGCGAGAUCGGCACCGGGUUUAAUAGCACAGUGUGCAAUCGGAAGCUCAUUGGAGCCAGAUCCUUCUCAAAGGGCUACGAGGCGAUGACAGGCCCCAUUAAUGAGACCAUGGAGCCACGCUCGCCCCGCGACACGGACGGCCACGGCACUCACACAGCAUCCACAGCUGCAGGGCAUUACGUUUACAAGGCCAGUUUACUGGGCUACGCUGAAGGAACAGCCCGGGGAAUGGCACCUCGCGCUCGUAUCGCAGCCUAUAAAGUCUGCUGGACUCAGGGCUGCUUUGAUUCGGACAUCCUGGCUGCCUUCGAUCAAGCUGUCGCCGAUGGCGUGGACGUUAUCUCCCUCUCGGUUGGUGGGGGCGUAGUCCCGUACUACCUUGACAGCAUCGCCAUUGGCGCAUUUGGUGCUAUGAAGAAGGGCAUAUUCGUUGCAUGCUCAGCUGGAAACUCAGGCCCAGAUCCUAUCACGGUGGCCAAUGUCGCCCCCUGGAUCACCACCGUAGGAGCUUCUACCCUCGACCGCGACUUCCCUGCCAAUGUUGUUCUCGACAACGGCGAUACCAUCAAAGGGGUCUCCCUCUACUCUGGGAAAGGCCUCGGGACAACCCCAUACCCUCUUAUCUAUGCUCAAGAUGCAGGAUUCAAGAAUAACGGCUCGGACACGUACUCCGCGUCUCUUUGUCUUGCAGGAUCCCUUGACCCCAAUCUCGUGAAAGGUAAGAUCGUCCUGUGCGACCGCGGCAACAACCCACGAGUUGCCAAGGGGGGAGUUAUCCAAGCCGCAGGCGGUGUGGGGAUGAUCCUGGCCAACACAGCUACUGACGGGGAGGGCCUCAUCGCCGACAGUCAUGUCCUGCCUGCCACCGCUGUGGGCGCCCUCGAGGGCAAUCUCAUCAAAGCUCAUAUAAGAAAUUCGAAAAAUCCUACCGCCACCGUCACCUUCGGCGGCACCCAAUUCAACACGCGCGCCACACCCGUCGUCGCCAGCUUCUCAUCGCGUGGGCCCAAUUCUGAAACCCCCGAAAUUUUGAAGCCGGACCUGCUUGGCCCAGGGGUUAACAUCCUGGCGGCGUGGACUGGCGACAUGGGACCGACGGGAUUACCGCUCGACACACGCCGCGUCCGGUUCAAUAUCAUCAGCGGGACGUCGAUGUCAUGUCCUCAUGUGAGUGGGCUUGGUGCGCUAGUCAAAGACGCCCACCCAACUUGGUCGCCGGCAGCAAUUAAAUCCGCGCUCAUGACAACAGCGUCCAUCUUUGAUUCCACCGACUCGGUAUUGCUCGACGAAGCGACUGGAAACAUGUCGUCGCCGUUCGGCUUCGGUGCCGGUCACGUCCGCCCAGACCGCGCACUCGACCCGGGCCUAGUCUACGAUCUCGCCCCACAAGAUUACGUCAACUUCUUGUGUGGACUCAACUACACUGACAAGAUCAUUCAGCUAAUAUCUCAUGACCUGAGCACUUGUCCGACGAAUCCUCCGAAGCCGCAGGACUUGAACUACCCGACUUAUUCUGUUGUGUUCGAUCAGUCUACGUCGAAGGUGCUUGCGACUACAUUGACAAGGACGGUAACGAAUGUCGGUCCAGCGAGAUCGACAUACCGGAGCACGGUUGUUUCACCCAGCGGAGUGUCGAUCUCUGUGAGGCCGGCGAUUUUGCAGUUCAGUGCGGUGAACCAGAAGAAGACGUUCACUGUGCACAUCAGCACGUCGCCGACGGGGCUGGUUCCCGGGGAGAGUGAAACGGUGUUCGGGUUUCUGACUUGGAGUGACAACACUCGGCUGGUGCAGAGUCCGAUUGCGAUCACUCGCGCCGAGGCUUAUUGAUCACGAGCUGGCAGAGUGGAUCACAAGGCUUGCAGGACCGCUAGAAUAUUGAAAUGACCUGUGAACUUAACCUCGACCUUUGCAUUAUUGCAGCUGAAUUCAUAUCUCACAUCUCCUGUCCUGAUUUCUAGCGAAAUAUGUAGCGCAUGUUGCGAGGUCGCCAAUGAGAGGGAACGUGGAGGUCAAUAAAAAUCAAUCAGCAGUGUUGUGUAUACUAUGUGGCCGAAAUGGUGAGUGGAGAGGUUAAAGAAGUUGAUGAAUGUCAGGGUAGUGGUAUGUACGAAAUGAAUUGGAGGCUGUUCUGAUAUUCAUAACAACCAUUCCAUUAUUGUUUACUUGAAAUCGAACUUGUGACAUGAUUCUGUA